AUAUUUUUAGCUUAUAUUGUUAUUCUUCAUAGUUUAUAUAAAAUGAACGGAUUUUGCGAUUUGAACGUAAUCGAAUCUUUAUCUUAUACAGAAAAUUUGUUAAAUGUAAAACAACUUAUCACCCUUGGUUACAGCGUAGUUGCUAUAAAUCGCAUCCAAAAUGUGUUUGAUGGUCUUAAAAAGAAAAUUAAUAAUGAAGAAAAACGAAAGCGAAAAGAAACUGUUAAUGAUGAUAUAUUUUCGAUUAAAAAUCUAAUUCAACGUCUUACAGAUGAUAUAAAUAAAUUACAGGAUCCUGAGUUUAAUCUCCCUAAAGACUUCAAGCUUCUUUCACGUCUAACGUUUCCUUUAGAAAAUUUUGACCAAAUUCCGAUGUUGCGAAACGACUUUUAUAAAGAGCUCUUUGACGCAUUUGAUAUUAUAUCGGUAAUACCUGGUAAUGAAAAAAUGUUUAAAGCUCUUGUUGAUGGCAAAAUAGACGUAGAUAUUAUUUCAUUACCAUUAGAAAAUAAAUUAGAAUAUAAACCAACUCACAAUCUUGUAUCUUUAGCUACUUCGAGAGAUUUGACAUUUGAGAUAUGUUACAGUGCAGCUAUUAAGAGUGUUUCCUUAAGAAAAAGUAUUUUCAGCAAUGGUAAACAAUUAGUGCAAAAAACUAAACACGCGAGAGGAAUUGUGUUAUGUAGUGGGGGUAGUACAAGAAUGGACUUUCGAUCGCCACAUGACGUUGCAAAUAUUGCAAAUUUAUUUGAUUUGAAAGGAGCUCAUUGCUUAAAUAGCGUUCGUAAAAACGCACAUAUUGCUAUAUCCCAUGCUUUUUCGCGAAAAUAUACAUUUAAAGGAAUUCUUAUGGUGGAAGAAAUGCCUAAGGAUUCUAGCAAAGAACCACUAUCAAAAAAAUUAAAGUUCAGCAGCGGAUAAAAAGAUAUUUCUAUAUUUCGCAUAUAUAAAUAUUCUGUCUUUAAAACAAAAGUACUUUUGUUCUCUUAUAAACGAUUUUGUAUUUUAAAAAGCAGUGUAAUUUGUUGGGAAAUGUUUUUCAUAUCUAUUUAA